GUUUAGCGAUUUCAGCUGGCGGUGCCGCCUCGAACAUCAUGACUCAAAACCGCAGCCGAAUCAGCUUCCCCAGAUCUCCAAUUUGUGAAACGCUGUCGUAUGUGCAUGCUCUUGAUUGUGCCCAUUUCGCGGGGUUUGGAUUAGGGUUUUAGUUUUUCUCGCUUUUGUCUGCUUCUGGUAGCAAUGGAAACGCCUGAACAACAAGAAGAUACAGUCAAUUAUAGGACUCAAAAAUUGGCUGGGACUGUCAACUGGGGCACAGCAACCGUCAUUGGUGUAUUUGCUGGCAUGUUGUAUGGAGGUAGCAGAGAGGCCUCUGCUUCUGUGAGCAAGGAUGCAGAAGUAAUGUUGAAGCUUGGAAGCACUCCAGAUAAGCGUGAACAGUAUCGACUCAUGCGAGAUGCAAUGGAGAAAAGAUUUAUCAGAGUCACUCGUGGUUCAAUAGUCGGUGGAAUACGCCUUGGGAUGUUUACUGCUUCUUUUUAUGGUUUGCAAAACCUGCUUGCUGAAGAACGAGGCGUACAUGAUGUUUAUAAUGUAGUUGGAGCUGGUUCUGCUACGGCUGCUACAUUUGGUUUAAUCAUGCCGGGUUCACUUCGUUGGCGCUUAAGAAAUUCAAUGUUGGGUUCAGUUCUGGGUGCAGCGAUCUGCUUCCCCCUUGGUUGGCUUCAUCUGAAGCUUGUUGCGAAAGCAAAUGAAGGGAAAUUGUCUACGACUUCUGAAGUUAGUGAUACUGUGGAAGCAAAGAGCGGGAUUGGUGCUGCAGUUGAGCGGCUUGAAGGGAACUUAAACAAAUAGGAAUUGAGUGUUUAAGUGCAAUAACCAUGAGAAACAGACAAUACAGAAGUACCUGCAAAGGCUGAAGCAGACUUGCUUUGGGUUGCCCUUGAGAUCGCAUGCGACAUUUUUCUUAUAUGUGAAGCCCAUUUGGUUGAUGAAGUUGGAGAAGAGGUGAUUGCUUUGGUAUAGACAACUUAAUAAAGGAAGACCAUAAUGUGUUGUGUUCUGAAACCAUCUUUAGAUUUGAGAUUAGAUGGAGAUUGUGUAGAGACUAAUGACUUCAAAUGAGUCUCCAAUGUCAAUGAAAUUUCUCUUUAUAUAGAAUGGAUUUGUAGAGAAUUAAAUCUCUCUCUCUCUUAA